UUUCCAGUAAGAAAUUAUUAGUCGAUUUGACAUCAAAUUAACGUUGAAUUGAAGUAAAUUUAAUUAUUUCGAUAUUGAUGCAACGUCAUUUCUUACAAAUAAGAAUAAAAAAAUAAAUGGAUUUCUGGAAAUGCUGUAAAUUCUUCCAAGUUUCACAGUCCCCACAUUAGCAAUUGAGAGGUCCAUCUACAGCACCUACGGCUGCACUGUAGUAUAUUGAAUUCGCACUACUUUUGAUAUAAAAAAUUAUUCGAAAUUUAGCUGUUUUUGAUGUCGAAAAUUACUUGAAAUCGAGCUGAUUUCGAUGUCGAAAAUUAUUUUAAAUUGAGCUGAUUUCGAUGUCGAAAAUUUCUCUAAACCAAGCUCGUCUGAAUCUCGAAACGAUGUGGAAUUUCGAUGACCAUAUUUCAAUAUCAUUUCGACUUUUUAUUUCUCACUGGGGCAGCUCGCUCUUUGGUGAAAUGUUGUGUUAGUCAUGGAGGUUACGGAGCUUGUGAAAAGUGCACCUGUGUUGGUGAAUAUGUUGCUGAUCGUGUAGUCUACACAAAUCUGAAUGCUCCAUUGCGAACUGAUCACUCGUUCAUCACUCAGGAAGAUCCACUUCAUCAUAUAGGCCGUUCUAUUCUAGAGAGAGUACAUACAGGAAUGGUUUCCCACUUUAGAUUAGAUCCAUUUCAUCUAGUCUGGCAUGGAGUCUUUAAACGAUUAUUGAUGACAUGGAUGCAAUGGAAUGGACCAUGGAAACUUAACAAGUUCUCCAGGAAAAAUAUUUCUAACAAUUUAAUUUUUUUUAAAGGAUUUCUGUCCAAGUGAUUUUUGCAGACCACCGAGAUCAAUUAACGACUGGAAGAUGUACAGAGAUAUAGAAGAGAGGAGAUUAUGUCUUUAUGAUGGACUCCUAGUAUUUCGUGAUAAAUUGCAGGAAAACAUUUACAAAAACUAUCUCUUACUUCAGGCUACUCUAUAUAUCCUCUCUAGCCCUUUGCAUGUCAAUGUACUUAAUGACUUUGCUAAGGAAUUACUCAGAACUUUUAUUCAGCAUUGUAUCAAUUUAUAUGGGAGACGUUUUGUGGUGUAUAAUGUUCACUCACUCUGUCAUUUGGCUCAAGAAUGUGCAGAACACGGACUUCUGGAAAAUUUCAGCUCUUUUAUAUUUGAAAAUCGUUUAAAAUCAAUCAAAAGUAGCCUAAAAUCUGAAUAUAAACCACUGCAACAAGCUGCACGACGAGAUUUGGAGCGAACCAGAACAGUAAAAAUUGAAUUGAAAACUAAAGAAAAGACUGUUCACCUUUCUUACAGACAUGAAGAUGCAGAAGAACAAUUACCAGAAACAUAUUUUCAGUGUCUUUCUAUUGAUAGUGUAAUUUUCCGGACUGGUAUAAAGUAUAAAGUUUAUGGUUGUGAAGUUCUUAUCUACCGAUAAUGAUGAAGAUGAAUAUUACGAGGUAGCUCCCUCAAAGUGGCUUCAAGAUUUAGAUGAAAAUAUGAUCGGCAGCAUACUCUGGCCAGGAGAUGAUUCUACAGCAGGGACGUUAGUGCGAACUCAAGUAAAUGCGCAAUCAAAUUGGUCCAUUCAUACAGUGGAAGUUAAAAGAUAUUAUGAUACAUAUUUUCAUGCACGAAAAGGAUUGACAGGAAUAAUAGAAUAUGCCUCAGCCUAUGAGACUGAUACUGAAAAAGAAAUGGGAAGAGGAAAAAGAAAGAAAAAAAUGAAACCAAUCACAUCUUCAGAUGAGUCUGAUAAUGACCAGCAUUUAGAAAAUCAAUUUAAGAAAAAAAAGCCAAGCAUUCCUUCACCACCAGCAAUCCAUGUUCCUGAAGCUUCUACCUCAGUUGAUAAGACUUCUAGUCAUAAGUGCAAAAGAUACGUUAUUGAAGAUUCCUCAAUCAUCAAAGAAUCGAAAGUUGCAAGACAUCUGGAUGAACCUAGAGUUCCUUUAAUAAGAGUUAGGACACCGUCCACCAUUAACAAGGGAGAAGUUAGUGGGAGUAAGACAAAGCACAUUCCGAGGCACGAGCGUAGCCCACUUUCUUCCAAAGAAAAGUUAGAUCCACCUAUUUGUAAUUCGUCAAAUUUUUUUAGUGCAGAUUUUCACGAACGUUUUAUAAGAUUAGAAGAAAAAUUAGAAGACAUCAGUAGUAAGCUUGACGUUAUUAUUAUGAACCAAGAGAACUUAAAUAGAAGUCUGCUUCCGGAAAAGUCUGUCAUCAAUAGACCCUCAAAUCUACCCUCUCUGCCUCUGAGUGACAUAAAAAGCCUUGAAGAAUUUGAGAAAUUUUUAUCCAAAGAUGUAAAUCUUUCAGCAGCAUGCUACUAUUUGAAGAGUUUGCCUUUGGGAAAUAAUGAGAAAACUGCAACGUCAAAACUUAUGACUCAACUGAUGACCAAUUCCUUAGCUGUACAUUUUAAUUUUGAGGGUCAUAAUCCUCAGAAAGCUAUGAAAAUUAAAAGGUCAUUUAAACAGUUGAAACUUUGGGAAUUAUUUCAAGGAGUGAUGCUACUAAAAUUUCCGAACAGCGAUUUAUCAGAAGCUUUAAAUGCAAUCAGAAAUUGGCUACGAAAUGCUGCUUGGCGUAAACAAGAUUAAAAUGUAAAAUUGUUUAGGAUUUCCCUUUUAUAUGUAAUUUUUGAAGCCUUAUUAUAUUAUUGGUGUUUCUUUUUCGCUUUAUUUUAUUGCACUAGAGUAGCUAUUAUAUAGGAAGUUUGUCAAAUUCAAUUUUAAGUUUAAAUAUAUAAUGUACGUAUAUAUGUGUAUAUUAACGUCGAUAUUAACAUCUAGAUAUCGUCAAAAUUCAAAAAUCUGGACGUCUACAUAAACGUCAAAUUAGAUCUCAUUUAGAAUGUUUAUCCGACUUGCCAUUUCUCCCUGGGAACAAGAUAGUCACAUUGAGUUUAUGAUUAUUAAAUUUGUUUGCAUUAAAUCAACGCAAAGACUUCAUAUCAUCAGUAAUGCGUGUAGAUCUAUUGGCAAUUUUAUGCAAUAUCGUCGGUAUGAUCGUUAAAUUAUGCAUUCGAAAAAUUUUAGUGUUGCCGUAUCUCGAUUUUUUUUAAUACUAAAUAUCACCGACGUGUUCCCUAAAUAUCACUGACGAUUUCCCUUUCGUUGAAUAUGCACGAAUGUCCCAGAAGAAGGCCUAUCGAAAUUGAGCGGAUGAAUAUUCAAUAAUACAAACAUAAAACUGUUCACGCAAUCAGACAACAGUAAAUACGUCAUUUUGAUCAGCUACUUUCUCGAUCUCUGAUUUUUUUAUUACCAUGUCACUGACACUUUGUGCAAUCAUGCGUAACUAAAUAUUUUUACUUCAUAUCUCGAGUUUUGACAAUGAGAAUUUUAUCUCUACGAUGCGUUUCCUAUCUUCUAAAUAACUUCACAGCAAGCAACAGCUAUAAUAUUCUUACAAGAUCAAUUAGUACCUUAUAUUGAUAAGACAAAUAUACAAAUAAAUAACUAAUAAAAAGUUCUGAGAAUAAGAAAAAAUUUUUUUUUUUAAUUUGUGAAGUUUUCCAAGAAACAAACAUAUUAUGGGUGCGAUUUACUUGGCGCUGCAAACUGCAAACGCUCUUGGAAACAUUUCAUCUUUGUUGUUUAUCAAAUGUUAAACGAGGACAAAAUAAUGCUCUGAAGCGU